AUGCAGCUCACUAUGCUUCAAACAGUUUUCCUGCUCCUGCCCUCCGUGCUGGGCGCGACCAUCUACGUCGCUCCUACCGGCUCGGACAGUGCCGCAGGUAGCCUCGCCGCGCCCUUGAAAUCCAUUCAGACCGCCGUCAACAAGGCUGUUGCUGGCGACACAAUCUUCCUCCGUGGCGGCACAUACGCGCUCACGACCAACAUCCAGAUCAAGAAGUCCGGAACCUCAGCCGCACCCAUCACUCUGUCCGCAUACCAGACCGAAGUUCCAAUCCUGGAUGGCGAGGCGCUUACGGGCACACCUGCCCCUGUUGGUGGAAGUCUCGCGGGCGCCGACCGCGGUGUUCUGCAUAUCGAGAAGGCAAACUACUGGAAGUUUGUGGGUCUUGAGCUGAUCAACGGACCGUAUGGCGUGUAUGCCGACAGCUCGAACAACAAUGUCUUCGAGAGGCUGGUUACAAGACAGAACUACGAGACUGGUUUCCAACUGCAGGGUGCCAGCGCGAACAACAAGAUCUACUACUUGGAUUCGUGGGGUAACCGUGACCCGAGGAAAAACGGCGAAAGUGCCGAUGGAAUUGCCAUCAAGGAGGGAAGUGGUGAGGGCAACAUCCUGAAGGGCGCUAGGCUAUGGAAUAACGUCGAUGAUGGACUUGACUUGUGGGAGUUCAAAUCCAAGAUCACCAUCGUCGACACCAUCUCCUGGGGUAACGGCUUCAACCGUUGGUCCUUCACCGACUUCGCUGGCGAUGGCAACGGCUUCAAGCUCGGCGGUGGCAACGCCGGCGACAUUGGCCCCGCAGACCACAACAUCACAAACUGCAUCGCCUUUGCCAACGCAGCCAAGGGUUUCACCGACAACUCGCAGACGGGCAACUUCGUCAUGCUGCGCAAUACAGCCUUCAACAACCCGGACGUCGGCUUCAACGCAAAGAACGCAGUGGUCACCUUCCGCGACAACAUUGCGGCGAGCAACAUGAAGAGCACCUCAAAUUCGGCACAAGUGACAUUGAGCUCUUCGCAGAAGCUGAGCGGUAACUCUUGGAGCGGGAGUGCGACGUGGGCGAACAGUGCGUUCAAGAGUGUGGACGUCUCGUUGGUGCAGGGCAAGAGGCAGGCUAACGGAAAGAUUGCCGCGAGUGACUUCUUGCUCCCUGCUAGUGGAGCGGCGAUCGGUGCUACUACUCACUGGUCGUAGUCGUCUAGGUGAAGUCGAGAUGCAUGGGGAGG